AUGGAUCCCAACGCAACGGACCUUGAGACAGCGGAUCUUGUUUUACAAACUUCCCUACAGGAGGUUGAAGAGGCUUUGAGAUUACUAAAUCGAGAUGCAAAUGACGGAAGAACACAGGCUCGCGAUGAGAAGGUUGCUCUUCUAUACUGGCGAGCCGAGCUUCGACGACGAAUCAGGACCCAACAGGAUCGCCGGGAGGCCCUACAGAUAUCAAGGGAAUCACGUCUCGAUCAGGCCGCCAUUCUUCAAGACAUCCAUGGUCGCGAGGUGAAUGAAGCGCCGGCAGCUCAUGUACAACCUGCCGGCCGUGCACCUACUCAACCGCAAGUGCCUGGCCCACAAGUGCCUAGCCAACCGCAAGAAUCUCGUCGCACAUUGGGCAACCCAGAUGUUCUGACUCAAACACGCAAACGAGCGUAUGAUACGACUACUGCGGUGGUGCCUCACUAUGGUGUCUUGCGGGAGUGCGUCGCCUGCUCAGAAAGUUAUCCUGAGUCCGGUAUGAUUCGGAACAGUUGCUCACAUAUUUACUGCCAAGGAUGUAUCACCCACCUCCUGGAAAAUUCACUCGCCGACGAAAGCCUGUUUCCACCUCGUUGUUGCCGCCUGCCUUUGCCAUUGGAAGCUACGCGGGGUAUCAUCAAUGUUGAUCUGUGGGCGAGAUUCGAGGAAAAGAAGAUUGAGCAUGGGGAUAAGCAUCGUACGUAUUGCUCAGAUCCGGCUUGUUCCCGGUACAUUCUCCCAUCACGUGUCCGUGGUACAAUCGGAACUUGCAGGGUAUGCAAUCGAAAAACGUGUACCCUCUGCAAGAAAAAGACUCAUCAGGGAGAAUGUGUUGAUGACCGCAUAGAGGUCCUAGAACUCGGAAAAGCGAAAGGAUGGCAAAGAUGUUUGAAUUGCAGUCAUCUUGUUGAGCUUCGUAGCGGCUGCAACCAUAUCACAUGCCGUUGCCGACAUGAAUUUUGUUACGUUUGCUCUACACCAUGGAAGCAGUGCGAAUGCGCCCAUUGGGAUGAGGCCAUGCUUGAAGAGCGAGCAGGGGUAAUUGCGGCUCGGAACCAGCCCGCUCGUCCUGCACGACAGGUUGUUGAGCAAGCAGCUCAAUUCCUAGUUGAGCAGCAUGAUUGCUAUCAUGACGGGGCGUGGAAGAAGCUCGGGAUCUCUGCCGAAUGCGAGGAAUGUGGCGACUUGAUGCCGGAUUACAUUUUCGAAUGCAGGCAUUGUGGACUUCAAGCCUGCAAUGCCUGUCGGAUAAAUAGGUUCUGA